AUGUAUAGAGGCUGGGAAAGCACCAUAUCUCCACUCAUUGGCGUCGUAGCACUGCGUCGUCCAGGGGAUAACGAGCGUCAUAGAAUGCGUAAUGCGAGCCUCUUAGCGGUAACAAGUGGCGUGUACAUUACAAACGGGCGAGGUAAUGGCCGGAGCGAUUCAUUUGCGGACUUAUUCGCCCGUAGAAAAGCGAGACCAUACAUGCAUACACUG